AUGUCCUAUUGCUCUUUCUCUGGUGGAGAAGAAUAUAAAAACCACUUUCAACCUGGUAUAUAUGUGUGUUCAGAGUGUGGGCACGAGCUGUUUUCCAGCACAUCAAAGUUUGAGCACUCCUCUCCUUGGCCAGCCUUCUCACAGACCAUCCACAAGGACAGCGUGUCUAAAUACCCUGAAGCAUGGGGACCCAUUAAGGUUUGCUGUGGGAGGUGUGGCAAUGGAUUGGGCCAUGAGUUCCUGUACGAUGGACCAAGAGAGGGGCUGUCACGCUUCUGA